AUGCGGUGGAAACUGCCCGGCACAUCGAGAACCACCGCGCUCCCGGCCGGCGUCUUGCUCCUCCCCUCCCUCCUGUUAACAGCUCCGCAGCAGCUGUCCCUGGCCCGCGGACUCGACUCCCAGAACCAUGACGGGAUCGUGUCGUCCUCCGUAUCGCUGGCCCCGGGCCCAACCGGUCAUUCAGUUCUUGACGAAUCUCCCAAUACGUACUUCCGACACACGUACCCCCAUGCUCCUCCGGACGUGAAGAAGGGGAAUCCGGAUAACGAUGUGAGCGCCCUGGCAACUCUGGCUCUGGCGGGCUCUGAUGGCCGCGCCGUUCGAGCCCCUCCUGCCCAGCCCAGCAGUCACUCUGCCGGUCUGGUGCCGCAGCUCCAAGCGCGGUCCUUGCAGGACUGGGAGGUUGAGGAUUUUGUCCUGCUGGCGACCGUCGACGGUACCAUUCACGCUCGGGACCGCAAAACCGGGGCUCCCCGUUGGGCGCUCGAAGUGCCUAGCAGUCCGAUGGUGGAAAGCAUCUAUCACCGUGCCAAUCGAUCUGCGUCCGGCUUGGAUUCCGACUCCUCCUCCACUCCCGAAGACGAUUUUCUCUGGAUCGUCGAACCCAGUCGCGACGGCAACCUCUACAUCUACAGUCCGGGGCCCAACGGAGGCCUCCAGAAAUUGGGUCUGACCGUCAAGGAUCUCGUCGAUGAGACCCCCUAUUCCGGAACCGAUCCCGCCGUCACCUACACCGCGCGCAAGGAGACCACCCUCUACACCGUCGAUGCUCGCACCGGAAACAUUCUCCGCGUCUUCAGCUCCCGCGGUCCCAUCACGCCCGAGCAAAGCUGCCGUCCAGUUGACCGUCUUGCUGAUUCAGACGAUGAGGACAAUUGCGAGCCCACGACCGGUACCCUCACCAUUGGCCGCAUCGAGUACGCCGUCGCCAUCCAGAACACCGAGACGGGCGCCCCGAUCUGCACCCUCAAGUACUCGGAAUGGGCCGCCAACAACCGCGACAUGGAUCUGCAGAGCCAAUACUAUCGCACCAUGGACCAGAGCCACAUCUACAGCAUGCACGACGGUGUCGUUUUGGGAUUUGAUCACUCGCGCAUGGAGCGGCCCCGAUAUACCCAGCGCUUCUCCAGUCCGGUCGUCCGCGUCUUCGACGUCGCCCGCCCGAUCAACGUGGAUAAUCCAGACCAACCCACCCCUCUCGUCCUCCUCUCGCAGCCGCUGGAGCCGCCAGAUCCCGAUUACGCGACCACACCGGAUAUGGAGCAGCGAGUCUACAUUGACUGCACUGAUGCCGGUGGCUGGUAUGCUAUGUCCGAAGCUACCUACCCGCUGGUCACUGGCCGUGCCGCCAUGGCUCAAUGCUACGAGAAGGAUUUCUUCCAGGACGGUCAGUCGCUCCUGAGCCUUGAUCUCGCCCGUCAGCGCGAGGCCCUCGCAGGGGUCCAUUCUCUGAACGAGCGGCCCGUGCGUGACCGCGGUCGCCGGCCGACCAUCCACAGCAUCUCGGGCCCCUCGUCGGCGUCAGAGCUGUCUAACGACACUCCCGGCGAGGUCGCUCGGCCGCCAUCCCACCUGAUCUCGCCGCCGGCCUUGCGCAACAGCGUCAUCAUCCGCAAGGGCUGGGACAAUGCCCUCGAUAUCUUCGUGACACUCGUCCUCCUCUUCCUCGGUUUGUUCGUCUACUUCAAUUCACAUCACUUGCAGGAGUUGUUGAAGCAGAAGCUCGACCUCAAGAACAUCAUUGCUGCGUACGGACAGCCAUUGUCCACCCCGCCGUCAUCCCCAGUCGUUGGCGUCCCGUCUUCCUCGAUCAAGCGGGAGCCGAGUCCAGCCCCAGCCGCGGAUGUUCGCCCUGAACUGGAAACCCCACGGAAGGCUGGCAUGCGCCCGGAUGACGCAGCAGAUGUUGACGAUCCCGGCCAAUCGACACCGCGGCCGCCUCGACAGGCAUCCCCUAGUCCCGCCCCGGAUGCCACUCCCAAAGUGCGAAUUCGCGAGCCGUCGCAGGGAGGUGUGGAGCGGAUUGUCGACCAGAUCAAGACUCUCACACCACCUUCGCAACUCGAACCGGACAUCCAACUGGCGCGCACGGCGUCCAACGAGAUCGUCGAGGUGGACGGUGCUAUCAGGAUUGGUCAACUCAAGGUCUUCACGGACACGGUCCUGGGCCAUGGCAGCCACGGCACUGUCGUGUAUAAGGGCUCGUUUGACGGACGCGAUGUCGCUGUGAAGCGGAUGCUGGUCGAGUUCUAUGAUAUCGCCUCCCAUGAGGUCGGCUUGCUGCAAGAGAGCGAUGACCACAGCAACGUGAUCCGUUACUACUGCCGUGAGCAGGCGGCCGGCUUCCUGUACAUCGCUCUGGAGCUCUGUCCCGCGUCGCUGCAGGACCUGAUCGAAAGGCCUGGUGACUACCCGCAGCUCGUGAAUGGCGGAUUGGAUGUUCCCGACAUCCUGCGACAGAUCACCGCCGGGGUUCGCUAUCUGCAUUCGCUGAAGAUUGUCCAUCGCGACCUGAAACCGCAGAACAUCUUGGUGGCUGCGCCGCGUGGUCGUGCGUUUAGCAAGCAUCCCCCUCUGAGGAUGUUAAUCUCCGACUUUGGCCUCUGCAAAAAGCUGGAGGAUAACCAGAGCUCAUUCCGGGCCACAACUGCGCAUGCCGCGGGGACAUCUGGAUGGCGGGCCCCGGAAUUGCUCGUGGAUGACGACCAGCAACCCUCCACGACGGCCAACGGACCAAUUACCGAGUCCCAGCAUACCGAGUCGUCUGAGCCUGCGGUCGUGGAUCCGCAGACCAACCGACGCGCGACACGGGCGAUUGACAUCUUCUCGUUGGGUUGUGUCUUCUACUACGUCCUUACACGCGGCGGCCAUCCGUACGACAAAGACGGCAAGUUUAUGCGCGAGGCCAAUAUUGUCAAGGGUAAUCACAAUCUGGAAGAUUUGCAACGCCUGGGCGACUAUGCUUUUGAGGCGGACGACCUCAUUCGCCGCAUGCUGUCGUUGGAUCCGCGUCAACGGCCCGAUGCGACUACUGUCCUCAUGCAUCCAUUCUUCUGGUCAGCUGCCGACCGGCUGAGCUUCCUCUGCGACAUGUCCGACCAUUUCGAGUUCGAACCUCGAGAUCCACCGUCCCCUGCCUUACUCUGCCUGGAAUCAGUUGCUCCGGAUGUGAUGGGCCCUGACAUGGACUUCCUGAAGUUCUUACCCAAGGACUUCAAGGACAGCUUGGGCAAGCAGCGCAAGUACACGGGGUCGAAGAUGCUUGACCUCCUGCGGGCGCUGCGCAACAAGCGCAACCACUACAACGACAUGCCGGAGCACCUCAAGGCACACAUUGGCGGGUUGCCAGAGGGCUAUCUCCGCUUCUGGGCGGUGCGGUUCCCGAGUCUGCUGAUGAGCUGCCACCGAGUGGCCGUGCAGCUGGAUCUGUGCAAGGUAGAGCGGUUCAAGCGGUACUUUACCGCGCCGGACUUGUUAUGA